CGUUGUUUACGAAUCUCCGGUCCACGACUGUUUGAUUCGCGUGUACUUUGAGUUCGUUGUUCAAAAUUAAUAGAAGUUAAUUUUCUUCUUUAAAUCAAUAGUAUAAAUCUAAAAUCAACUGUGGAUUGAUUGUUACGAUGCGGAUAGCUUUGCAAAGCUGUUUGCCAUGUGUGGCUGUAAUCGCAAUCAUAGCCAACGUCGUGGAUUCAUCAGCCGAUACCGAGGGGUCCAGCGAUGGUAAAUCUCUACAAAUAACGGAGAAAAUUUAUUCAAACAUUUUUGUUCGAAAGCGAGAAGAACAUAAACUGUUAGUUAAACACCUAUUAGCCACGGAUGACUAUUCGAAACGUUACGAACUUCUCAAACUAGCAUUGAAGGAAAUUUUGAAGAUCCUCCAAGAAGAUGGUGAUAAGUUGCGACAACAUUCAUUAACUGCAGAGUCCGGUUUUCCCAAAGACACCGAUCAAGUUGAAGCAUUAGCUCGAUUUCUGGAGAACACUUGCUUUUUUGGCGAACUCAUUCUUCACCUACCGGACAUAUCGUAUCGUAUACUGAAAACCCUCGACGACUGGCGAAAACUGGCAAUCGAAUCACUUCUCUUCACGCGAACCUUUGUGAACAUCCUGGAUCAGAAAUCGCUUGAGCUUCUGGGACUGCUAGAACAGGAAAUCGACGAAAGCAAACGAUCCGAUUCGUACGUAAACCCUUAUCGGACAGGCGAAGAAGCUUCCAACUCACCAAAAACCAAACCGACCAAGAAAAAGAAGGCCAACUUGAAAAAAGGACCCAAACUUUCCGGAGCGCCAAAGACUGAGCUAUGAUAUCACGCCAAGUAAGUGAGAGAUUUAUUCCUUUAAAUGUUUAAUUUACGCGUCUAUGUAUACAUAAUCAUCUUAAAAA